AUGGCUUCCUAUUCGACCGGCAGCGAGGCAUUUGCCCGCGAAAAGCUCUCUUCCACCGUGGAACAGCCCACUUCCCCGUCAUUGUGGGCAGACAAGUACCGAGGGGCUACAGUCGAAGAUCUGGACCCCCCUCCGGCACUGUCAGUCUCCCCUAGCGAUUUAGUCUCCUCCGCCAUGCUCGCAGCCUACGAACGUGAUUUCACUCAUUUAACCGUCACCUCUUCUACGAAACGAUCCCUACUUGGCUACCUCAGCAUUCCCCGCCUCAAGCAACUUUUGAAAGAAGGAGCUAUCAAAGAAUCAGACUCCGUGUCUGCCGCCAUGCAGCGGUUUAACCGGAAGCGGGGCUUGUACCAGGUAAUCACAAUGGAGACUCCCUUGGAGGAAUUGGAGCAAUUCUUUGAGAGUGAAACCGGUCCCAAUGGCGAGAAGCGAGAGAAACAACAGUUUGCCGUGGUAACAGAUGCAUCGCGGAAAUUCGUGCUCGGAGUGGUAACGAAGAGUGAUCUGGAGGAGUUUGUGAAGAGGAGGCCAUAA